AUGGCCGCCCAGAACACUAAGCUCUUCCAGCCUCUCAAGGCCGGCAAGAUGGACCUUGGCCACCGCAUCGUCAUGGCUCCCCUUACUCGCUACCGCGCCGACGACGAUUCCGUUCCCCUGCCCCUUGUCUCCCAGUACUACGCCGACCGCGCCUCGACCCCGGGAACCCUCAUCAUCACUGAGGCCACCGCCGUCUCCCCAGCCGACGUCGGCGACCUCGACCUCCCCGACUUCUCCACCCCGGCCCAGAUCGCCGCCUGGAAGAAUGUCUUUAACGGCAUCCACGCCAAUGGCAGCUACGUCUUCCAGCAGCUCUGGUCCCUCGGCCGCGCCGCUGACCCCGAGUUCGUCAAGGGCCGCGGCUUCAAGUACGGCUCCUCUUCCGACGUCCAGAUGACCGGCCGCCCCUACAAGCCCGACGCUCUCACCGAGGAGGAGAUCUGGGAGAAGAUCAACAACUGGCGUGUCGCCGCCCGCAACGUCAUCGCCGCCGGCGGUGACGGCGUCGAGAUCCACGGCGCCCACGGCUACCUCGUCGACCAGUUCACUCGCGACUCGGUCAAUAAGCGCACCGACAAGUGGGGCGGCUCCGUCGAGAACCGCGCCCGUUUCCUGCUUGAGAUCAUCAAGGCCGUCGUCGAGGAGGUCGGCGCUGAGCGCGUUGCUCUCCGCCUGAGCCCCUUCGCCACCUUCCAGGAGUCCUACUCCACCGACACCUGGGAGCAGACCUCGUACAUCGUCCGCGAGAUCAAGAAGGCCGGCUACAAGCUCGCCUACCUCUCCCUCGUCGAGGCUGUCGGCAACCCCGUCCACCUGGGCAUCGCGCCCCGCCAGGUCACCGACGACGUCCAGCCGUUCGACGAGGCGCGGCCCCAAACCCUCGACUUCAUCCUCGAGGAGUGGGACAACCUGUCCCCCGUCGUCGUCGCCGGUGGCUACCUUGGCGACAGCGCCCGCUGGGCCGUCGACGAGCGCUACGCCAAGUGGGACGUCGCUGUCGCCUUUGGCCGCUACUUCAUCUCCAACCCGGAUCUUGUCUUCCGCGUCAAGAACAACGUCGCCCUCACCCCCUACGACCGCACCACGUUCUACAAGAAGAAGAGCAACGACGGCUACAACACCUACGAGUUCAGCGAGGAGCACAAGAAGGCUAACGGCAUUAACGGUUCCGCCUAA